UGUGUGUGUGUGUGCACAUGCGUGUGUGCACAUGAACGUGGGCUGGCCCAGCCUCCCAGAGCACAGUGCCCACAUUGCAGGAGCGUCGCCUCGCCUUGCAGACACCAUGGUCCCGCGGGCCUGCUGCUUGUUGGUGGGGCUGUGUGCGCUGCUCCCUCAUGCCACCCCCCAGCAUGACCCCCAUGGGGACCCUGAGCGCUGUGGCAUCACCUUCCAUGCCCCAGACCCCUGCCGUCCACCCCAUGUGUCAUCCUCUCUUGCAUCCCGUGAGGAGCUGGAACAUCUGCAGAGCCUCCUGCAGCAGAACAGGGCUACGCUGCAGGAUGUGGAGGCAGCAGCGGUGCUGGAGGAACCCCAAACCCGAUACCAGGAUGUGAUCAAUGAGGCCCUGCCCGCCAUCCGUGGGGCCAACCAGGAGUUUGGGGAGAGCCUGGACAACGUGCGCAGGGAGCUGGAGGCUCAUAUGGCCCAGAGCGAUCACCCACAGGUGGUGGAGAAGAGGGAGAAGCUGCGCAAGGACAUCCGCCUGGUGGCCCACGUGCUGAAUCUCACCUCUCACCUUGCCCACAUCCUCGACGCCUCCUCCCAGCGCCUCCAGGAUGAGCUGAGCCGCCUCCUGCAGCGCUCAACCGCCCGUGUUGCUGCUGCCCAGCCAUAGGACAUGGGCAGGGCUCUGCCUCUGCUCUCCGUACAUCCUUGCUUGCUGGUAGGAUGCUGCUUUGCACCCACGCUGGAUCAUUUGUGCUGCUUUCAAGGAGUCCUUUUGCAGAGGGUGUUUGCAAAGCAAGGUGGGCACUGGGUGGGGUGGGGGGCUGCAGCGUGCUGUGCAAGACCUCAUCCACGUGAUGCCCAUCACUCCGAGUAUUUAAUACAUUAGUGUGGUAGGAGCUCUGCCUCUGUAUGGGGGGGUGGAAGGGGAUG